GUCACCAAGUUUCUCUGACAUGCGCUUUCCAGUAAAGUAUUCCUGCCAAGACUGUCGGUUCUGUGAAAGUGUCUCUUCCAAUCCGGGGCACAAACUGCACAAAAUAUAAGCAACAUGACGUGUGUUUCAAACCUUCGUGAAAUCCCCUAGCCCUUCGUGCCAAACUUUAACGGCUUUGGCAAUGUCAAAGUGUUCCGACCAUGUGCGUCACUCGUGAUCUUGAGACCUGUCUUCUGCUUCCUUCGUUGCAGAGCGCUUGGUGGCCGCUUCUUGUCUUGAUGCCGUAGCUGUCGCACGACUUCUUCGCUUCCAUGAAACCCGAACUGGCGAUGAAUCCUCCUCUAAACUUGUCCAAACCCAGCCACGAUGGAGGAGACCCCGUCUUCGAUUACGACUACGAGGAAAUGGUCGCCACGUACGACCUGGCGGACCUGGUCCCCACAGCGGUCGUGUACGGGUCCACCUUGGUUUUGGGUCUCAUCGGCAACCUCCUCAUCGUGUACACCGUGGCUCGCUUCCAGCGCAUGCGCUCCAUCUCCAAUGUGUUCCUGGCCAGCCUCGCAACCGCUGACCUGCUCAUAGUUCUCCUCUGCAUACCUGUCAAGUUUGGCCAACUUUUUUCGUACACGUGGACGCUAGGAGAGUUUGGCUGCAAGUUCAUCCUCUACAUCCAACACGUUUCCAUGAUUUGCUCCGUGCUUAAUCUAACAUUCCUCAGCAUAGAGAGGUACUACGCAGUCAUCCACCCCGUACGGUCCAGGUACCUCUGUACCUUCAGCCAAGCGCGAAGAGUGAUCGUCUUCAUAUGGCUCGCAGCCUUUCUCACAGCAUUACCCAUCAUUUUCGUUCAGGCGCAUGAGCAAGUUGGUAUCAAGCGAGCAGCGUUUUGGUGCAUUCGAGACGAGAGCAAUCCAACAACGUGGCGGUCCUUCGAGAUCUAUAUGCUUAUCCUGGUGUUGUGUGUGCCCACGUUCGUCAUGGGUUACACCUACUCCAAGAUCUGCUUUCAGCUGUGGCUCGUUGUCCGCGAGAGGGCCAACAUGACUACCGGAUCCAUAAUCUCCACGGAAAUGACCGAGAAGAAGAAGACCACUGCGACGCCAAGUAAUGGAGAACAGAGGAUGCCGAGGCCUAUUCGUUCUGACGAAGACACAGUAAAACAGGUCAUCAAGAUGCUGAUCUUCGUUGUGGUGCUGUUUGUCAUUUGCUGGGCUCCCAUUCUGGUCCUCAACGUGCUCACAGCGUUCGGAGCCGUCGCCACUCUCAACUACGACUACUUGAAACCGAUGCGCACCACCUUUCACCUGCUCUCCUACAUGAACAGCUGCGUCAAUCCUCUUGUCUACGGCUUCAUGUCCAAGAGUUUCAGAAGCAGCUUCCGUGACGCUCUCCUGGGCUGUUUUCGGCCGCAACCGUCCAGACGGUGUACUCUUAACCACACCCGUACAGCCAGUGUGAAGAAGACCAUGUCGGGUAAACGAGGAAUUCAGCCGGAUUUGUCGCCAAUGCUGGCCGUAAUGCUGUCCAAGACAGGAAGAUACGAUUUCCUCUAGGCGUGUGCGCACGAUAUCGCUCCACUGCGCUUCUGGAAAUCACUUUUGCAGGUGAUUUCAACCAUACUCUUUAGGAGGGUUGUGGCAGUUUGUUGUUUGCGGACGGGCCCUUGCGUGGUCUUAGAACAGAGUUCUGACCCAUUUAAGUUUUCGUCUUUGUUGUGCCGGACGUUCUCAAAGCACCUCGAAGGAGGGGAAGCCUCGCCUCAAGUACCGCAACUCUGCGAUAGUCUUCACGGAUCUUCACGAACCCCUUAUUUCACUUGGAGUAUAUGGCGGAUCCUUGUUGCGGUGACGGCACAGAGGGAAGGGCCUCAUGUGCACCAAUUAGUUCUUCAAAGCAUGAGGCAUUUCGUGUGACGCACACCAAACUCAUGGUGCUAAGAUGGCGUGUCAAUUGCCCAGUGCCAUCUUGGUGAUGACGACCUUCUAACUGCAUGUAGCGACUUUGACGACCUUCUAACUGCAUGUAGCGACUUUGACGACAACUCCUUGGUUGAAGCGACAAACUGUGGCCUGCACUGCUCACCGUGCAAAGACAAAGCCGCCACGCCCCACAGAAGACAGGAACAGCGCAGUGACUUCAUUUUCUAUUCUCACUCGCAAGAAUGUACCAUAGAGCAGGUCUAAGAGUCUUCUCAGUUCUGUCCUGUAUCUAUUGCCUCUGCCAGACAAUGAAAGGAAAUGUCUUCUAUUUCCUGCCCUUGAAGCACAGCACUUCGCUCAUGGGCGGACGAACCAGCACUUCUAUCACACCAAUUCUACCUACCCUAGGGGCGGGUGUAGAGUUUAAGUGCUCAACUAGGCUCUGCCGACGAGAAUUCCGCUAAUCUACGGUGCUAUCCUCUGUGACGUCACAGUAACCCGUGUUAAACUGUGGAGAGGUCUCUUCGCGACUACGGCGCCACCACAAUAAUCUGUCACAACCCAUUUAAGAUCUGCAAGAAACAAGUUAACGCACUGUAACUGAUACAAGUUUUUCGCAGACCUCAUCUGCUGCAACGGGAUAUCUUUUUCGGUUCAAGUGACGCCGUGGCAUAGGAACACGUACCUGUGUAGCUCUAGAGUGAUCUUCAGACACUCAAUGUGCUGUUUUAUCGCGUCGUUACAUCUCCAAAGUAUAACUUUACUUGUGUACUGUUGUAUACAGGAAACCGACCUGCCGAGCCAAUCUGCCGAAGGCGACCAGCAACGUCCCUAUUGUCUUCUAGUUGAAGCGUCAUGAGUGGUGAGAGUACAUGAACUGAAAUUUCCCCUCUUCGCCGAUAUGACGUAAGAACCUAGUUGAACAGAUGGCGAUGUGCCUGUUUCAGUUCUCUACGAGGAUAUGGUGACCUUCCGGAAAGUUCGAAAGAUAUCAGCUAGGAUCGCCACAGACGAGAGGGCUGAGUCUUCUGCAAAAGCUUUCUUUUAUCUUUAUCUUUCUUUUAUUUAUUUAUUUUUUUCAACUUCAAGACAAAACGCUACGAAGCAUCGCUUUGGAGAGGAUAUUGGACUCGGCCGUGCACGGAUGCUUCUGUACGGUACAGUGCAACGCUAGAACAUUUGCAGAAAUGUAGCGCAUGUAGCGCAACUACAGAUAGGAGGUAUUCCUUCAUGCGCACGUGCUGUGUAGAAUGAUGUUCAUGAAACAUUCAGAAGACAACUGCGUGUGCUUUGAUCCAACGGUAUGCCGUAGAACGCAUCAAGGACUUGGAUAUUUCAUGAGUGGUUGCUUCUGCACCACCGCAAUGUAUGAACGCGUAGCGAUACAGGCAGACUUCACUCGGCUUUAGAGUUACUAUUCAACAAAAGGCCGGUUGUAUUUCUGACAUAUAAGUACAUCUCACUGUCCCGUGCUCUGUGUUCUGUGGACGGUCGAGCCAAUGUCUUUCUGGUUUUCAUUGUUUUGCGAAAGUCAAGUCCCUCUAGCGCCUGGCCAGGAACGGUUCCAUAAAACCCGCACACAGGCAGACACACCAGACACACCAAGCACGACAGCCAAACUUUUGUAUUAAAGGUAUCUGUCCGAAAUAGUUUGUUUUGUACAGCAUUGUAAGACUUUUUUGAGGGAAACGUUGUUUUUAAACAUUGUAAGUUAAAAUACGUGUCUGUGCGCGUUGGAUACAUUGAGAACCUGCGUAGGUGUGUUGUACAUACUUUGUGUUCAUGCCAUCGAGUUAUCGUCCUUUGAAACGGUGUUGAGCCGGGCAUUUGUUUUUAUUAGGCAGAUAAACUUUUAAUAUAACUCUCUUUUGAGCGCUAUUUUAUGACACAUUGUGGCAUCCUUUUAUUCCGCCAUGAUGUCACUUUCAUCUCCGUCACUGCAUUGGACAGUGGCUUCUAACAUACGUCCCUAUGAGACAAUGUACCUGAGAAUGUUGUCGCGUGGACAUGAUAGCUGCAGUCCGGGUGUCACGAAUGUCCUACUACUUGAUCAUCCUUUUAUGUCGAUUUUACGAUUAACUGUAGUCUUGUACACUUGUGACAUUUGAAGAGGACCAGCAGUGUAUAAGUGUGUAGCGAAAUGGUUGUACCCGUCCCUCGAUGCUAUCCCCUUCUUCUUCUUUUUUCUUUCUUUCAGAUUCAUCUGUUGGUUUACGAUUUGUGACAGGUUUUUCUGAGAUUUUCUCGUGAAUUUAUAAAAUAAAUGUGAACGCAAACAGAGCACUCAACUGAAUACAAAAAUUGAUAAGUGUCACUACUGCCAACAAGUGCGCCCAUAGCACAAGUCGCGCUGUUGUAGUGUACGAACUGAUGAGAGUCGUGAUAACAUUUCGUCAAGUUUACGAGCCCCGUGUGAAAUGUAGUCAUUGACAAAGUCAGCCAUGUACAAGCCGCUGCUGUAUUCAUCAUUCUGUUUGAAUGAAUGAGAGUAAGCUCA